AUGUACCUGUGUCAGACCCUGUCAAGACAUGUUGAUGUGCCAACAACGAUCAUCCAGGCCCUGCAGGAGCUCUUUGCUCUUGUUAGGCAGCAAAUAGAACUCACUGCCCCAUCGACAGAAGUAACUACUGUGGCUGGAGGGACAGGGCGUCCAAGAUAUGACAUUGACAGGGAGACUUUGGCUGAGCUUUGUCAACUAAAUUUUUCAAAGCAGUAUAUUGCAAAGCUUCUGGGUGUUUCAUGUCGCACUGUCUGUAGACGAAUAAGAGAGUUUGGAUUUUCCACAAAAACACACAGCAACAUAAGUGAUCAAGAGCUUAAUAGUUUGGUUGUUCAGAUUAAAAAUGAAAUGCCCUCUGCUGGAUACCGAAUGGUCAAAGGUAGGCUACAAUCCAUGGGAAUUCAUGUACAAUGGAGAAGAGUUGCUGCUUCAAUGCACGAAGUGGAUUCGAUUGGAGUUCUCUCAAGAAUGUAUGGAUUGGGAUGUGUGGUACGACGCACAUAUUCUGUUAGAGGCCCCCUGUCUCUUUGGCAUGUGGACACCAAUCACAAAUUGAUAAGGUACAAUAUUGUCAUUUUUGGGGCAGUGGACGGAUAUUCUAGGAAGGUAAUGUGCUUAAACGCUGCAACAAACAAUCGUGCAUCAACAGCCCUUGGCUUCUUCAAGGAGGCAACUGAAAGAUAUGGUGUACCCUCAAGAGUCAGAGCAGACCAGGGGGUGGAAAAUGUGGAAAUCGCAAAGUUCAUGUUUUCAGUCCGUGGAACUGACCGUGGAAGCUUUAUGGCUGGGAAAAGCGUUCAUAAUCAAAGGAUUGAGCGUCUAUGGCGUGAUUUAAGGGUCUGCGUCACCUCUAAGUACUACAGGACACUACAAAGUCUGGAAAGAGACCACCUACUGGAUUUAUCCUCUGCCAACGACAUUUUCUGUGUCCAUUAUAUAUUCCUACCUAAACUGCAGGAAGACUUGGGAUUUUUUGCUGCAGGCUGGAACCACCAUCCGCUAAGUACUGAAGAUAUCCAAGAGCCUGAGUUUGACUGGGAAGUUGCAGCAGAACAUGAUGGUGUAGAUGUGGAUGGUGCAGUAUUGGUCCCAGAGUUUGAAUGUCCGUUGAAUGAGCAAGAACUGUCAGAACUUGGCACUCUUAUUCGCCAAAGUGAUCCCAACACACCACCUACAGACCUUUAUGCAAUCUGCCAUGCAUAUGUGACUGGCAGAUGCAACAUAUAG